CGGGCGGGCGGCUGGGCGGCUGCAGCGUUACUUUUGGCCGAGGAGUCGCCGGGUUGCGGUCAGGACACUUGCAGCGUGGUAAUGGGUUUCGUUUUGUUUCCGCUCGUUUGAGCGUGUGGCUUUUGCAAGUUUUAUGGCGGCAACGAUAACUGAGAAUUCCUACGUUCAUGUGGUGUAGCAACUAGUCGAGUUUUGUGCUGAGGGCAUUAACCAGCCAGUGGCCGAUUAUGAUUUGACUGCAAGGAAACAUGAAGCCUCUUGCUCGGAAUCACAGUGAGAGAGGGAUUUACGAUUGCUCGAAGGGGCCACCACCGCCAUAUACGACAUCGAAGUCAAUUCCUGAUGAAUCCGCUGUUGCAAGUAGAGCACUUGUACAUCCAACACCUCCACACACUCAGUAUGCCACUGGUACUAAACCUGCCACGGUUGCCUUUCAAGCCUUCAACCAAAUGAUUGGGACAGUUCAGCCAACAGCACAGGCACAAGUGUACAAGGCACAAGUGUACAAGCCUCUGCAAGUUCAUUCCAGUAAUGAAGCCAGCUUACAAACACAAAACACUUUUGUGUAUAAGACUAUUUCACAGCCAAUGUGUCAAACAAUUCCAGCUCCAGGAAGAAAGCAGAUUACAUUACAACACAAAGGCAGUGCAGUGACCAAUAAAGAAGUCCAACGGCUUGCUCUAAAUGGAGUUGCGUGGAUGACGACUGCUGGCCAAAUGGCUCAAACUGUUAAUAAUGUCCAUGGUGUUCAUCCUGCUAGAAUGAUGCAAUCUUAUAAUCCAGUGGUUCAGAAUCAUAAUGUAGGACAGUCAUCAAAAACACUAAUAUCAAUUGCCCCUACAAGUGGAAGUGUUCCUCAAAUUUCAGAGGGUCAAGGACAGUUAAAUGUUUUGGAUUCCCAAGGAAAUCGUAACUCAGCGCUAAAUCUGACAGCAAAUGACUUUUUGAGAUGUAAUGACCAGAUACAAAUUCAAAGUGCCUUUAGAAAGGAGGAUGCUUUUCAAGAUCAGAGCAAAGUACCUUCAACUGUAGCUGGUGCCACACCUGCCCAAGUUUUCCAUAGAAUUUGGCCAGCCCCAACAAACUAUGCAUCUGUUCCUGCACAUGUAUAUGGAGAACGAGCAAGAGGUGACUCUUCUGAAUGGGCUGGAUCAUCGGUUAGCUUGAGUUCACAGCAAAAUGGACAGCAUAAUAUUACUAAUUGUUUCUCGCUUCCAAAUUCAAAUGGGCAGAAGAGAAUGGUGCUUGCACGUGUGACUCCAAUGUCCCAUGACUGGAGAAAUUUGCAGCAAAACUCAAAUACUUUUUCGACUAUGGACGUAAAUAAACUGAAGAACUCGCAGGUCGAAGAUGCCCAGCUGCAUCAUAAAUUAGGAAGUGGUCAACAGAGCAGUGCUGUUUCAACUUCUGAAAAAUUGUUUGAAAAGAAAAACACUACAAGUUCUCAGCUAUCUGCUCCAAGGAUAAGUGUGCAGAGAAAUAUUCCCAUUGCACCAUUUGUGCAUCCUCUUCCACAUAAGCCAAGUUUACACAGACAACAAAGUGUUCAAAAUAUUCACUUCAUUUAUCCCCCUGCAACUGUGAAUGAACAAUGUACAGUAACUUCUCCAAUGUCAUCCUUGAGUUUGAAAGCUCAACACAAUGUGACUGGCCCAGGAAGUGACUUUUCAAUUUCUAACAUAAGUUCAAAGGAUCCUUUAGCCUCCCAGGUAUCUCCUUUGUCAGCUGGACAUGGCAACUUUGGUGUUUCAUCAAAUAGCUCAGAUAUGGUCACCCAACAGACCGUGACUGUAUCUUCAGUUGGAGCUGAGAGUCUGCGUCCUAAUGGUGAUCAGAAUGUCCUGCCACCUUCGGAUGUUCCACAUUCGACGAAUAUGUUGUGCUCUACAUUCAGAGAAGAAUCUAAAGAUGAAGGGAAGCAAUCAGUUGACAUGGUUUUUUCAGGUUCCAAUCCUCCCCCUCUUGGUUUCAACAAUGAAAAUUCUAAAUCCUCAUCUGUUCAGCUCUCAUCCAGAGAUGACUGUGGGAAGCAGAGCACAGCAGGUCUUCUACUUGUUGUUCCACCUUCGGUGGUUAUGCAUAAUUGCCAAACUAUGGAAAGUAGCACAGUUUACACCCCUCCUUCAACAUUAACUUAUGAAAAGGAUAUCCCAGUAAAGCUAAUUGGAGGCCAAGUUGAAACCUCUAAUACAGUUGUGGAAAUGCCAACCUCGAUGUUGGAGGUGUCUAAAUAUUUGGCAUCAUCAGAUGCUAAUCUGUCAGGCUCGGCUGGGCAGCACCGUGAAGACAUGUUGGGUCAUGGCUCAUCAACUGUAGGUGAAUGUAGUCAGCAGCAGAAAAAUUGUGCCAAUCAUCACCAGUACUCAUUGGGCAGUCUCCACCCAGAGUCUUGUCUUCAUCUUUUGAAUUAAAUGGAAAAGGAGGAACCUAACUUCGGAUACAGAAUUUACAUUUCCCACACUGAUCCCACAUUGUGUGAGGUUCAGGAAAAUUGGCUGUGAAUAAUAGUCCCGCCUCCCAAAAGAUUUCUGGCCUCUGCCCUGGAAGCUGCCUCACAAGACACACAUGGUUGUAAAAAUAUAAUUCUGUGUCCUGACAAGGAAUCGAUAAACUCUCUGGAGUUGCUACACAGUGAAAGGUCGGAUAAAAGUGGGGCUAUUAAUGUGGCUCAAGCUGAUGUGGGAGUUAAACCGGAGAUCUGUAUCACUGGAGUUUUUUCACUCGGAGAUGAUGCAGGACAGUGGGGAUCUGUUCAGGCAAGUUCUCUUGUGGAUCUCAAUAACCCAACCACUGGUUCAACUAUUCUCGCUAGUGAUGAGGUGAACAAUUCAUCUGCACCUAAAGGAUCAGUAACUGUAGAAUCCCGUUUGAGUGACAAAAUAAGUCCAGCUGAAGAAUGUAACACUGCUGUCAUGGAUAAAAAUGGACCAAUGAUGUGUGUACCUCCCUCUAACCUGGAAAGCAGUCAAUGUCACUCUGUAACUGAAUCUCGUAGAAUGGUACAUAUGCAGCCAGCGUUGGAAAGUUCAUUUGACAAAACCAUUGGUCAAUUGUCCAGUGAUUCAAAUGACCCAGCCAAUUUUUCAAUUGAUCUAACUAAAGAUGAUGACUCUUCUACUGAUUCUGCAUUACCACCUGCCCUCGGAGAACAUAAGACAAAGCUGGUUUUCUGACGAAGUUGCUUGCCUUUUGAGGUUGAUGGUCAAUAUGCUUUAUUGUCUUUUGACAAGGAAACUCAGGAUCUUGAUGGGCUAUUGCAUUCAGUUGAGAUGGCAAUUGAAACUUUGCUGAAUUUCUGGAAUCCUGCUCUUCCUCCAUGUGCCUCUGGUAACACUGGAAUGUUGGCUUGCAAGCAUAAUAAUCUGCAACGAGGGACUUGUGAGAGUAAAUUGCCAAACAUUGAAGAAACUGCUUUGAAUUUUUGUGGAGCUAUACAAGUGCCAGAAAAGGUUAAUGAAGUUGACCUGCCCGAGGACUGUGGUUGUGAUGUAUCUACUGAUGUAAAGGUGCUUGGACAUGUUGAAAUUCUGAAUCUACUUGCUGAGAUAUCAAAGUCAAAUUCACAUGAGAGGCUGCCCGUAGUAGGUGCAGAGUCUGAACGGUUCACUCAUUCCAUUGUGAGAGUGAAUGAGGAAACGCAACAAAAAGCUUCACAGAAUGCAAACAGUGAUGAGUCUAAUGAAAACAGUACCAAGGUGCUGGAGAUAAAAGAAAGUAGGUACAGGGGAGAAGAGAAUUGUGCUCCCUUGCAGGGACAUAGCAAUAAGAACAGCACUACUAAGAAGGGAAAACAACAAGAAAAGAAAGUAUAUUGCUGCAUUAAUGCUUGGCUGGUUGCAUCUGGUGUGCUUGGCAUUCAUUGCAACUGUAAAUUAUCACAGGGAAAUCAACCUGAAAGCCAGGCAGAAUUGCCAACAGCCGUACACAAGAUCCAAAGUAGCAGUGAGACAAGCAUUCAAAAUUGUAUUGUAAAUCAGAUGGAGAUGCAACCCACAUUAAACAGUGAGCCACUUGUGACUCAUCAGAAUGUCAUGGAAGUAUCUGAAAAGAGGAAUUCCACUCCCAGUCUUGUUCCUGGUUAUAAUCAGGAAAAAAUUCUGGGAGAAAUGCCACAAAAAGUGUGUGGUGUUGAUGCAGUCCAACUGUCCAGUGAAGUCAGAGCAAGAGCAAUAGAAGAAAAUGAGAUAGAAAACCUGUGCAAACCAGGAAAUAGAAAUUUACAUGGCUUUAAAUGCAUCAGAAGGCUCUGAUAGAUUAACUGGCAUAGUUACACUUGAGGGAGAACUUGAUCAAAAGAAAAUCGAGGAAAACAACAUUUCUCUAGAUGCUGCUGAAAUUGGACCAAAUAAGGAAGAUGACACUGUUUUGGGGAAGGAACCCAUUGAAGAUAAAAGUAAGAAUGUGAGAAGAGAUCCUUCUCUGAAUAUAUUAAGUGAGAAGGCCAGUGACCAAACUGAUGCACUGCAGUUUAAGCAACACAUUGUUAAACUGGGAUUUAAGGGUAUGAGAAACUGACUAAUCACUUGGGUCUUUCUUAUGAUUAAGAUGUAAUGAAUAAGUCACUGGUUAUCUCCAGGAUACUCCAGCAUACUUAUUAAUUACACAGAAUACUGACUUUUUGUUCUUCCCUCGCUCCAAGGAAAGAAUCACAACUGAAACUGUACAUUUUAUUGAGACAUAUUGGAUAAAUUCAAGUCUGGCAUUGUAUAACAUCUGCUCAACUCUUCCUCCAUGCAUUUUACAGCAUCUGAUCUCUUGAUGAAAAAACCUUCUGUAAUUUUCUAACUUUUCAAUCAUUUCAUGUUUGAAUUCCAAUUUGGAUUCUUCUUAGCUAAAUUUCCAACAACAGCUAUGUUGAUAAGAAGUUAAGCAUUUAGCUACUUGGGUGAUGUGUUAAAACAAAUGAGACAACUCCAAACAGUGUUUGGAUAACCCUGACUGCUUGGCUGCACAAGGGGGAAGGGAGUGUAUGACUCCUGAGUCAUAGAGAGUACAGCAUGGAAACAAGUCCUUCAAGCCCACCGAGUCCGCAGUGACCAUCAAUCACCUAUUUACACUAACCCUACAUUCAUCCCACUUUCUUUUAAAAUUUUCCCCACAUUCUCAUUGAUUAACGACCCCCCCCACCCCACCCCCAGAUCCCAGCACUCAGCUACACACUAGGGACAAUUUACAGAGGUCAUUUAACGUACCAGUCAGCAUGUCUUUGGGAUAUGGGAGGGAACUGGAGCACUCGGAGGAAACCCAUGCAGCCGCAGUGCAAACUGCACACAAACAGAACCCAAGGUCAGGAUUGACCCAGGGUCUUUGGCACUGUGAGGCUGCGGCUCUACCCACCGUGCCACCCAUGUGCUUGCGCUUUGUUUCUUUGUAUAUAACACAUUCCCGGUAUAUAGCUAUUAAAACAAAAUGACUGUGGAUUAUUUAAAAGAGAUGGAGGUGGCCACUUGAAAAUGCUGAGAGGGAAAUCUAAUGCUUCUAGAGUAAGUGAAUACUAAUCUCCAGGUUAUUGAAGAAACAUUUCUGUAUGAAGUAUCAAACUUGAGCCAUGUAAAGACCUGUUAAUGUGCAAGUCCACUUCACGUGAUAUGGCAGAACAAUCAUGUUAAAUGUUUUGCGUGGCUGCAAGACUGGGAAGGAACAAUUUAUGCUCGUUUAAGAAAACAAAAAUACUGCUGGACUUGAAAUCUGAUUUUGAUUCAUUGGAUUUUGUUUUUAGUAAUGAAAAGGAAAACUGACAGUUCUAGUUGCCGGAGUCCACAGAAAAAAAGGAAGAUUGGUGUUCAGGGUGAGGUUCUUUUUGUAGACUUUUUUUUUCUUAUUUGUAAGUAUUGAGAAUGCAAAAUUAAGUUUAUCAUAUGAAUUGAAAGAAAAGAAAUUACAGUUAUGAUUAGAUUUCAUGAGGGACAAUACAAUGGUUCUUCCUUGGUGGUAUUGGUUACCCUGACUUUGAAGUUUCAUUUGUUUGAUUUGUUUCUUAUUC